AUGGCUUUGGGUUCCUUGUACCUGGGCCCAAAAGAUGCAGUUGCAAAAGGGGAAGCGUUAUGGCGGCUGGCACAUACUGCUGUUGCUACCUCGUGGCAAUCGUUAAUCACGCAUCGUGGCCCCUAUGAUGCAUGUAAAGGCGUCCAGCUUCUUAUCACUGCCCUCCUCGGUCAGAUAUAUGGUGCCCUAUCCAAGAAUAGACUCAUUCGCACCACGAGUCAAGUCUUCCGUCCACUCGGAUUCCUCUGGGCCCGGCAUUGCGGCAUGUUAGAUAGCGAACCCUUUUCCGUGGAGAGCUUGCCAUUCCCCAACGCAUCAAUGGAGGAGAAAGAGCGUCAAUGGCGAACAUGGGCUGCACGAGAGAUCCAACAGCGUGCAUUGCUUGCGUAUCAUGUUCUUGACGGUCUUGUUGCACAGAUGUCAGGUGACGGUACAUCGACGCGCCAUGUUGCCAAUCCCCUUAUUCUCCCUAGCAGUGAAGCUGCAUUUGAUGCCAGCAACGUGGAUGAAUGGCUGGCACAUAUGCGCUCUCAACGCUUUCUGCCUUCUCCCUUCGGGUCAUUCUUGAAGGCCUACAGUCUCUGGUAUCAGACUCGGACGAGAGUGACCUUGUAG